AUGUCACUAUACUUCUACAAGAAAUCUAUUCUUGCUAGCGCCAUAGCCCUAUCUAGCCUUUUAAAGAAGUACGAUUACUACGGAGAAAACCUAGAGUAUCCAGAAAAUGAAGAGGAGUUGCUCGAAAAGGCUAUAGCAAACGUAACUCUUAUAACAUCGGCGCUGAAUAGAGUAAGAACAGCUGUCGAAUCUAUUCAAGAAAAGGUUGACAAAAUGGAAAGCCAGUACACCAGUGCGAAGAAGUCCGAUCAAAAAGAGCUCAUCCGACACUUUUUAGCUACAAACUUUGCGAAGCAAAUGGGAUUCAAAGAAGAAGAUCUUACGACGGACGUUUCUCGACAGAUGAUCACAAAAUGGAGAGCUGACAGAUGUCAACCGAAUUUCUGGCAGAUAAUCCGACACUUUUUAGCUACAAACUUUGCGAAGCAAAUGGGAUUCAAAGAAGAAGAUCUUACGACGGACGUUUCUCGACAGAUGAUCACAAAAUGGAGAGCUGACAGAUGUCAACCGAAUUUCUGGCAGCUUUUCCAGAAUGUUUCGCCGGAUCCAUCGACCUCAUGUGGCCCUUACCGUCCAAACAUCCCAAGCCUCAUGUACCGGCGAUACUACAACGAUCACUCGCGGGCACCACGAUCAAUAGACAGAUUCAACCAUGACACACUUGGGAUGGUAGUAGUGGAUUCAUCAGGGAAUAUUCCCGGCAGAAUUGGAGAUUCACCAAUUCCAGGCGCUGGCGCUUACGCUGUGGAAGGUGUUGGUGGCGCUGCUGCUACUGGGGAUGGCGAUAUUCUCAUUCGAUUCCUGCCCAGCUUCUACAUCGUGGAACAAAUGCGUCUAGGAACAAAACCCUUCAAAGCUGCUCAUAAGGCUAUUCGACGAAUACUCCAAGAUUAUCCUCAUUUCCAAGGAGCUGUGGUUGCGGCUAAUGCAGCUGGCGUACAUGGAGCGGCGUGCGCUAAUUUGGGAAAAUUCAUGUUUUCAGUUGGAGAAGGUGGAAAAACGCGAUCUGAGAUCAUUGCAUGCUUACCGACCAAAUUAUCUCCGGAAUCGAAAUCGCAUCAUAAAAAGCGGCACGGCCAUUGA